AGCGUGAUCCGUUCGUGAAUGUAGCUUGAGUGUUUCUAGAAAUGUCAUAGUAUUGUCAUGGCGUGGUUUCGAAAGCGUUUUUCCUAUUACGAAUCGCUUGUUGAACGCUGUCCAACCGAUGAAGAGCCCACAAUCAAGUUACGAGGUUAUCGAAUUCGUCCGGACGAUCCAUCCUACGAGAAGGACAAACAACAUGUGCCUGUGUCUGUAUCCGACUACGAGAACGUUCAAGAAGUGAAGGAGUGCGUCGACACACUUUCCAGUUGCUCAAUGGAGUCGAGUGUGGCACUGAGUGUUGAUUCGACGCUCACACUCACCGAGAGGGACACUACUCCCACUCCAGUCAAUGGGCUACUCACCAGGACCCCCGUGCUGAGGAGGCGCAGAAGCAAUGUGCAUGCAAACCUUAGGAGAAAUUACAGGAUAAUGGCACCUGAUGAAUCGAUAAUGAUUCUGAAGCAGCAAAGUGGUAUGAUGGAUGAGCCGCAGCAGCAAUCGUCACCGAGAAGUAAAAUUUUGCGACGAAAAAGUAGUCGACGAGAAAAAGAUGUCAUCAACCCUCCACCAAUGGUGAUCACCCCUCCAGUUCUGGUCAAUCGCGUGCAAGCGUGCUCGUUGUGCUGUCGAGAGAGGAGCUGUCCACCUUCUGAUGCUAUGCCGCCAACGUCGUUGACAUCGCAGCGGUUUUCUGAAGAGGACCCUGCACGGUUAUCAUUCGUCUCAUCGUCGACCGGAUAUAGCUCAGCGCGCUCCUCCCUUCGCAGUUCUGAUGGAGGAGAAGAUCACAGCAGCAAUCGAGAUAGUGGCAUUGUUAGCCAUUCAUCGUUGUCUUCGUUGUCCUCAUCUCGAAGAUCUGCACUGCUAGCAGCCGGCUCCAUUUCGCACGUCGAUCGUAUAGCUAUCGAACUUUUCGACACCGAAAAGACCUACGUAGAGGAUCUUUAUGCUGUGAUCCAGGGCUAUCUGAACUUUCUCGUCGACCAUCGCGAUGAAUUAGGAGUAACGCUGGACAAUAUCUCGUCGCUAUUCGGUUGUAUUGAACGAAUCUAUGCGUUCAACCGAAAACUACUUCAGCAGCUGGAUUCGGCCGAUUUGGACUGUGUCAAAAUGAGUCGCUGUUUUGUGGAUAGUGCUGGAAAAUUUGAAGAUUAUAUCGUUUAUUGCACUAACUACCACCGGAUGAUCGCAACCCUCACACAACUGCAGCAGCAACCCCAUCUAGCUGCUGCCCUAGCGCAGCGUCAAGCUGCACUCGGUCAUGCCCUACCUUUGAGCGCAUAUCUUCUCAAACCCGUCCAAAGAGUGCUAAAAUAUCAUCUCUUUAUUGAGAACAUGCUGAAGCACUUACCUAGCACAUUGCCACCUGACGACUUUGCCGUCGUGAAGCGUGCUCAUGAGGUGAUGACAUCGCAAGCGUCACGAAUUAAUGAUGAAAAGAAGCGUGCCGAACAUGCUGAGCGAGUUGAACAACUCCAGGCAGCUAUUCAGAAAUGGACCGUCGACAAGCAGAACGCAAAUCUAUCAGCAUACGGUGAACUGUUGCUAGAAGCGCAGUUUCGACAAGCUGGCUCUAAAACUAUCAGAUUGUUGUUCUUAUUCGAAGAGAUGCUGUUGAUUGUGAAGCAAAGAAAUUCCAGCUAUGUAUGCAAAGAUUAUAUUAUGUCUUCCAACCUGAUGCUGAACGAAUCUAUCUGUCCAGAAGAACCUCUAGCUUUCCAAGUGCUUUCCUUUGACAAUCCUCGCACCCAUUACAUCUUUUUGGCAUCGUCUGCUGACCAAAAAAGAACAUGGAUGACCGAAUUGAAGCGAAUGAUGCUGGAUCAUUAUGGGAUCGAGAUACCUGAAAAGACGAAGCAACUGAUGCUAAGCAUGGACAAUACGCAAAGAGUAGCCUUCGGUAGGCCUGAAUUUGCUGAAGUGUCGAUGAAAAACCACAAACGUGUUCCGAAAUAUUUGGAGAAGAGGCGAAAAAGUGUGGACAAGCAAAUAAGCGAGCAAAAUCGAAGACGAAGUCUAUCAGCAUCUCGCCUUUUGGGAGCUAGCAAGACCUCCUUGGUUUCGGACUCUUCACGAUACAAGUUAUUUGGAGUGCCCGAUCCGCAGCCGAAGUGUACUUGCCACAUGUCUGCAACUCCGGGACCCAGCGGAGAAUCUUCUAAGAAUCGAGUCUCGGCUGUUACAAAAGCACCAGUGUCAAGGACCCUUUCUGCCUCAACCAUAUUUUACAAUGGUGGCUCAAUAGAUUCAGCUCAAGCUGCACCUGCUCCUGAAGCUGUACUAUCGUCAAGAAGUCGCUACCAUAUGGCUAGAAAUAAGCGAACACUCCCGCCGAAAUGUGAGAGUACUCGUUCACCAGCCAGUCGUCGCAUCGAAUGUGAAGAGAUUGAUGAGACGUUUGACGAGCUUUUCAAAGAGCUCGUCUCGUGCGGUAAUAGCAGCCCUAAAGCUCAGGCCAGGCAGGCUAUGGCCGUUGCGCCAAACAAUUGCGAGCAGGAUGCGUUGCAAGAAGUACUGGCUUGGCGGGACCAGGCCGUGUACAAAAAUCGCUCGAAGUCGCUGACGAGGCUCGAUGAGUUCUCGGAUCCUUCGCUCGAUGCUCUGCUCAACGACAUCGCUCCGGAAUCCUAUCCCCCGUCAGAACUUUAUCAGCAGGAGCGUCGUUUCAACAAAUUGGAUCAACAAAGGCGAAUGAGAGCGAAGAAGUACAUGAUGGGAGAUGGCUCAGAGAUGUCACGCCGUUUGCCGCUAUGUGAACGUUCGGCCACGAUCGCGGAAGUGGAAUCGCCCCGAGGCGAUUUUCCCCUGAUCGACGACGAGAUGGCAUCUCCGCGAAAAUUGGCGGCUCGUCAGCGAACGCCGCUCACCGUCGAACAGGCGGCUGAGCUGGACGCUCUAAUCCCUCCUGGCGGAGUCGUAAAAACCAUGAUCAAGCAGAUUGAGAGCACUGGUCCUUAGAUUUUUGUCAGGUAUCCCCGUGCCUCUGUAUAUUCCAUUUGUGCUCUUCGGUAGGAUAGAUAUAGGUUGGAUUCUGAAGCAUGCUUUCUGGUUUCGUUCGCUCCUAAAGCAGGAUAGCUGACGAUGCCGUCCUGGGCAGAAUGCUUGUCCUUUAAGCGCAUCUCCGUUGCUCUCCACUACGUGUCUCUCCCUCUUCGUUCAGUUUGCCUAUGACAAACGCAUAUCCGACCGUGUUUUAACGCUUGUGAUCUGCUUUCGUUUCAUUCUUUCAGCACCAUGACUACUUUGCAUACAAACAAUUCUGUUCUUAAUGGAAUCUCGCACUGUGCUUGUGACUCAUUUCUGAAAUCUAGUGUGUAACCGCAGGCAUUCAUUGCCCUGGGCAAAUUCACUUUCAAUCCGUGUCAGCAAUUAGCCAAAUCUGUUUUUGUCAAAGUAUAUCUCCGGUGUUAUAUUUCUAUGUGUACAAAUAUAUUCUUGGCUGUAAGAAUUUGUAAUAAGAAUACUGUGUAUUUCUUCUUUUCUUGACCUAGAAACGUCCACCUCGACCAUUUGUGCGUAUUACCAUAAAGGUGGCUUGUUCUGCAUUUGUUGUUGAGAUUAUCGAUUCACUAAACGUUUGCUUUGUUACAAACCAUGCAUGGUAACAUAUAAAUGUUC